AUGCCAUCAAUCUUGUUUUUGGUUUCCAGUGGUCCUCGGCUGUGGCAGCUCUGCCGAGCGCCAGUAGUUAUCCGCAGAUCGAGGAGCCAACUCGUCAAAUUGGUAAUGCGGAAUUCCCCAGCGCUUACAUUUGGAACAGGGCUGACACAGUCUUUGCUCUCGCGCCAUCAGGGCACUAUCACUCUCCUGAUCGUUUUUCAGUUGACCCUGCUUCCCCUGUGGUCGUUGAGGACAUCCCUGCAAACUUCUGCUUCCAUCCCGGCUGCUGUCUUCUCAUUGGUUGCUGCGCUCAUGCUCGCUCUUCUCUCCCAUUACGAGCACCAGCGAUCCGUCAGGCCGUCCACAUUAAUUAGCAUCUAUUUGUUCUUUUCAGUCCUGUUUGAUGCCGUCCAAGCUCGAUCAUUAUGGCUUCGCAACUCCAAUACUCCGAUCGCAGCUGCAUUUACUGGGGCGUUGGCGAUUAAAUUGAUAAUCACAGUCCUGGAAGGACGCGAGAAACGAGCAAGCUUACAAGUACAAGGCCUCAAGUUGUCACCUGAAACCACUAGCAGCAUAUACAAUCGCACUGUUUUCUGGUGGUUGAACCGUCUGUUUCUCGCUGGCUACAAGUGUACCCUGCGCUUGAAGGACUUGUAUCCGCUUGAACCAGAUAUGAGCGCCGCAAAACUAGGCGCCGCCAUAGAGAAUGUCUGGCUGAAAACCAAGCAAACCAGGCCGUAUGCCCUGCUUAUGACAACUGCAGUCACACUGAAAUGGCCCCUGCUCUCCCCAGUGCCCCCUCGUAUCGCACUGAUUGGCUUCAAGUAUUGCCAGCCACUCUUGCUGGCCAGCGUAGUCAAUUAUGUGCAGCUCCCUGAUACAGACCGUGACAGGAAUAUCGGCUAUGGUCUGAUCGGAGCGACAGCCAUUGUCUACAUCGGAAUUGCAGUGAGCACUGGUCUUUACAAUCUCAAAGUAUACCGAUCCACCGUCAUGAUACGCGGCUCCCUUGUGAGCAUCAUCUACCGCAAAACCUUGAGACUACAUCUGAACGAAGCCAAAUCUUCGGCCGCAUUAACUCUGGCCAGUUCGGAUGUGGAUCGUAUUGGCCUGACCGUUGAAAGUGGUCAUGAGAUCUGGGCCAGCAGCAUUGAAACAAUAUUAGCCCUCGUGCUGCUGGAACGGCAAUUAGGUUGGGCCAGUAUUGCCCCAGUAUUACUCGCUCUGCUGGCUACGGCCGCAAAUACGCGAAUCGCGAAGUAUAUCCCACGGCGCCAACGGGAAUGGGGCGCAGCGAUCCAGAAGCGGGUAACCCUCACAUCAUCAGUCCUCAGAAACAUGAAAAGCGUCAAAAUGAUGGGCCUGCAGGAGACUAUUGCUUGGACGAUCCAGAGAGCCAGAGUCUACGAGCUGGAUUUGUCCAAGCGCUACCGGAGUUUCUUUGCGUACAUGGCCAUAAUCUCAACUAUACCUUUGCAAUUUUCUGCACCGCUCGCUUUUCUCAUUUAUAUAUACGGUGUUAAAUCACACCAUGGACAUGACUCCGUCGCAGCACAGAUCUUCGCCUCACUUUCACUGACCCAGUUGCUCGCCAUUCCAUUGCAAAAGGCCUUAUCUUCCAUUCCUUCAUUUGCUGGGACCCUCGGUUCCUUCACACGUAUCGAGGCUUAUCUUCGGCUUGAUGAUCGUGUCGAUGGCAGGGGUACAGGGCUUGCAAGUAGCCGAGAAAGCGCGAAGGAGCUAAUUAUAAGCGAAAACCAGCUUGAAUUGGGGAACUUGGGGAUGACCUGGAGAAGCACAGCUAUCAAUAAACAUGCAGUUUCAGUGCAAGAGGCAGAUAUUUCCUACUCCGCGGACUCACAUCCAAUCCUCCACAAGCAGAGCUUUGAAAUCUGGAAAGGCCUCUUAAAUGUAGUCAUCGGCCCUGUGGGCUGUGGAAAGACCACACUGCUCAACGCCCUCCUCGGCGAGAUUACGAUUUCCAGUGGCAAAGUGAUGGUAAAUGAUUCCCCCAUUGCCUAUUGCCAGCAAACGCCUUGGCUCAUUAACGCCUCUGUCAAAGAGAACAUCCUGAACCAAUCCCCGUACGACAAAACUUGGUAUAAGAGGGUGAUUUGGUGCUGCGCGUUGACUGAAGACAUUGAACAACUACCUGACGGAGAUGAUACUACGGUUGGGAGUCGGGGAACAAGCUUAAGCGGUGGGCAGAAGCAGCGGCUGGCCCUGGCCCGGGCUGUCUACGCUCGAGCGCCAUUAGUUCUCUUGGAUGACACCUUGAGUGCUCUCGAUGCGCGAACUGAGAAAUUGGUUUUUGAUCGUCUACUGUCCAAAACGGGACUCUUCCAGCAACUUGGAGCGACGGUUAUCCUGGUCACUCAGUCAGUGCACCAUCUUCGAUCUGCGGACAAUAUCAUUGUAUUGGAUUUAAGAGGUCGUAUUGAACAACAUGGCUCAUUCAGAGAGCUAAGUGGUCGAGAGGGACCAGUCCGACGCCUGUUAGCUGAUUGCCCUUCAGACACGACCAUGGCAGAUAAUCGCAGCUUGGAACCAGCUUCUGAUACAUUCUAUUCAAGCCAAAGUCAAAGCGGAGCAAAUCAGUCAUUGCCACGUGCUGCUCCUACCCCGGUUGUAAAAAGGAAGCAUAUAUCCGAUUCAGCUGUCUUGAUGUAUUACUUGAAGUCCAUCGGAUGGUAUCGUGGGUUAAUAUUUCUCCUUACAAGCCUGGCGUAUGUAAUCUGCACCAGCUUCACCCAGAUCUGGGCCCAGUGGUGGACGGAAUCUAAGAAUCCCGAUGAUGGGUCCUUCUUAGGGGUCUACUUUGCUCUGGCCAUCGGAGCCAUCAUGAACUAUAGUUCGACCAUCUGGUGCAUGAUGAUCUCCAUCGUACCAGUCUCAGCGGCGAAGCUGCACUGGCAUCUCCUUGAUUCCGUUCUUCAUGCACCCAUGUCAUUCUUCUCGUCUGUAGACUCGGGGAUUACCCUAAACCGAUUCAGUCAGGACAUGUCGCUGAUCAACAGUCGCCUGCCUGUGUCUACGAUGCAAGCAACACCGAUGGCUUUCCAAGCGCUAGCACAGAUUGCCCUUAUAGCCAUGGGAUCUACCUACCUGGCCUUUGCGAUUCCCUUUUGCCUCGGUACUACCUGGGCUUUACAACGAUACUAUCUUCGGACGUCGAGACAGCUUCGCUUACUGGACCUGGAACUGAAAUCUCCAUUGUUCUCAAGCAUCUCCGAGACCCUUGAAGGUCUCCCGACGAUCCGCGCGCUCGGCUGGCAAGAGAAAUUCGAACGACGUAAUCAAGAACGGCUGGAUGCCUCGCAGCGUCCGGUCUACCUCCUCUACUGCAUCCAACGCUGGCUGAAUUUUGUCCUUGAUCUCAUAGUUGCAGCACUGGCUAUUCUGCUGAUAAGUCUGACAACUCAGUUGCCAAGCAGCACAAAUGGGGGCCGCCUGGGUGUUGCGAUGCUCAACAUCCUCGGUUUCAGCCAGAGUUUAUCUCAGUUUAUCUUCUACUACACAGACUUGGAGACGUCUUUACAAGCCGUGUCCCGUGUCAAGGAGUUCGUAGAAACGACCGUCUCAGAGGAAGAGGGUCCCCGGUCACGAACACUGCUGCCAGAAAAUUGGCCAACUCGCGGCGCGGUGGAGUUUCGACAUAUCACGGCUUCAUAUGCUAGUGACAUGGAACACACUGUUCUCAAGCAUGUCUCCCUUGUCAUCCAGCCCGGACAAAAGGUCGGAAUAUGUGGCCGAACAGGCAGCGGAAAGUCCUCCUUGCUUUGUGCUUUGUUCCGCAUGAUCGAACUCCAGAGCGGCAGCAUUAUGGUCGAUGAGAUUGACCUCAAUAGCACAUCCCGGCAGAGAGUGCGUUCACGGUUAAACGCAAUCCCACAGGAUCCAUUAUUGCUUCCGGGGACAGUCCGUUUCAACGCGUCGCCGAGCGAAACAGUUGCAGACGACCAGAUCAUGAAAGCGCUCGAGAAAGUCGGGCUGUGGGAACAGAUUCAGAAGCGCGGCGGCCUUGACACAGAUAUUGAUAUUCUUGCUCUGUCGCAUGGCCAGCAGCAACUCUUCUGUCUUGCGAGGGCAAUGCUGAGGCCCGGCACUAUUCUCGUGCUGGACGAGGCAACCAGUAAUGUCGACUGGGCAACCGAUGAGGUCAUGCAACGGGUUAUUCGGGAGGAGUUUGCGAAUAAGACGAUUAUCAGUGUUACGCAUCGGUUGAGAACGAUUCUGGACAGUGAUUUGGUGGUAGUGCUGGAUCAGGGACGUAUUCUUGAGGCAGGUCAUCCGGAGGAACUGCUGGCGAGCCCAAGCCAAUUUCGGGAAUUGUGCAGUACUCAAGGGAUUACCAUUGACAGCAUCUGA